GAAGGAGAGCGGCCUGGGGCGGACGAGGAAGUUCUUACCCGGGCAGGCGCACCUUUCUCGCGUUUCCGUCCGUCAGUCCCGGCCAACCGGCAUCCUGUUGGCGCCGCUGGUGUCUCCCCUUCGCUUGCUGUUCUGCCCCAUCACUUCAGGGACGAUUUCUUUUUUCUUUGUUUAACCGCAUUUUCCUGUGUCACCCACCCACCGCCCAAGGCAUUCUCGGCUUUCUCGUGCCUCGACACCCAGUCCCCCCCGGUAGCCCCUUUCUUUGGCCCGCUGAGUACCUGCUUUUGUCUCCUCUCCCGGCUGGCUGUGUGCUCCACUCUGUUUUCAAGGUUGGAAAGCUUAUAGCAGUUCCUCCCCCAGUUUUUAAAGGGUGCUGGGUCCGGCCAAUUUAACUGAAAGUUGCAGGUUUCAUUUUAGCCGGUAUAUAUAACAUGUUUUGCAGUGGCAGUAUCAUUCUACCUUGAUUUCCUGCCCAGAAUGUCUCUUCUCCCCAAAUGACCAAUUCGGUGCAAGCCUAAAUGGUCACUUUGUGCAGCCAUCACCUUCCCUGGACUUAUUACUGUAGGGUUACUGCCUGUGCUAUUGGCAGGGUGCCUGUGCUAUUAAACAGUAGAAAUCAACAGGUGAAUCAGUUUCCCUGUUCUUGCAUCUCCACCCUGGGAAAAGCUUCCCUUUUUGAAUCUUAAGUACAAACAGUGGCUCCAUGCAGUCCGGUCUGGGAUGCAAAUCUGGCAGCUGGGAACAGUCCCAAGGUGCUGUCUCUUUGAUAAACCAAGUGGAUCUUCUUUGGACUAUGACAGCAAAAAUCCUACGAGAAGUUUCUCCAAAAAUAUACACAGUUUUUUUGACUACAGCAUCGUGAAGCCUAUUGGUUGGCUCUCAAGUCUCCUUGACUCAUCAUGGAGAAAUCUUUACCCAGAGGAAAAGGCAUAAGAGACUUUAAAAUACUCUUUUUGUUGUCAUUAGUGUUAAUAUGUCUGGCAGGCUUGGUUUGCCCCAAUCAAGACUACUAUAAUUUACUUGGAAUAUCCAAAGAAGCAACAAGUAGAGAAAUAAGGCAGGCUUUCAAAAAAUUAGCAUUAAAGUUGCAUCCAGAUAAGAAUCAGAAUGAUCCAGAGGCACAUGAAAAGUUCUUGAAAAUAAACAGAGCCUAUGAAGUGCUAAAAGAUGAAGAUCUGCGCAAGAAGUAUGAUAAAUACGGUGAAAAAGGCCUAGAGGAUCACCAGCAAGGAGGCCGAUACGAAAGCUGGCAUUACUACCGCUAUGAUUUUGGUAUUUAUGAUGAUGAUCUUGAAAUUAUAACACUAGACAGAGGAGAAUUUGAUGCUGCUGUUAAUUCUGGAGAAUUGUGGUUUAUCAAUUUCUAUUCCCCUCGAUGUUCACACUGCCAUGACUUAGCACCAACGUGGAGAGAAUUUGCUAAAGAAAUGGAUGGAUUAAUACGUAUUGGAGCUGUAAACUGUGGUGAUAACAGAAUGCUUUGCCGGAUCAAGGGAAUUAAUAGUUACCCAAGCCUGUAUGUGUUUAAAACCGGUAUGAAUCCAGUGAAAUAUUUUGGAGACAGGUCAAAGGAGAGUUUAAUGAAUUUUGCCAUGCAGUUUGUCACAGGCACAGUGACAGAAUUGUGGGCAGGAAACUUUGUCAAUGCUGUGGAAACUGCAUUUGCUUCUGGUGUUGGCUGGUUAAUUACUUUUUGCGCUGAACAAGGAGAUUGUUUGACUUCCCGAACGCGCCUUAGAUUGGCUGGCAUGUUGGAAGGCCUUGUUAAUGUAGGCUGGAUGGACUGUGCCACCCAGGGUGAGCUUUGUGAUAAUUUGGAUAUCUCAUCUAGCACUACCGCAUACUUUCCACCUGGAGCCACUUUAACUAAUAAAGAGAGAGGAAGUGUUUUGUUCCUGAACUCCUUAGAUGCAAGAGAGAUAUAUUUGGAAGUCAUGCAGCACCUUCCAGAUUUUGGAAUGAUCUCAGCAUCUUCACUGAAGGAUCACCUGGCUCAUCAUCGGUGGCUGAUCUUCUUUCAGUUUGGUGAGAGUGGCAGGUCAGAUGGCCAUGACCUUAAAAAGCUAAAUUAUCUCCUUAAAGCAGAAAAUAUUCAGGUCGGCAAGUUUGACUGCCUAACUGCAUCAAAUGUCUGUAAUGAUUUCUAUGUUUAUCAACCAUGUGUAGCAGUCUUUAAAGGAAGGGGAAUGGAAAACUAUGAAAUUCAUCAUGGGAAGAAGAUUCUAUAUGACCUAGUGGCUUUUGCCAAGGAGAGCGUGAAUUCCCAUGUCAUCACACUUGGGCCUCAGAAUUUUCCUGGCAAAGAGAAGGAGCCGUGGCUUGUUGACUUCUUUGCACCUUGGUGUCCUCCUUGCCGAGCUUUGCUGCCAGAACUGAGAAAAGCAUCAAAACAACUGUAUGGUCAACUGAAAUUUGGUACAUUAGAUUGUACCAUUCAUGAAGGGAUUUGCAACACGCACAACAUUAGAGCUUACCCAACAACUGUGGUAUUCAACCAAUCUAAUACUCACGAAUAUGAAGGACAUCACUCUUCUGAGCAGAUCUUGGAGUUUAUCGAGGAUCUCAUGAACCCAUCAGUAGUUUCUCUAAUACCUGAGACCUUCAAUGAGCUAGUGAAGAAAAGGAAGAGUAAUGAAAUCUGGAUGGUUGAUUUCUAUGCUCCAUGGUGUGGUCCUUGCCAAGCUUUAUUGCCGGAGUGGAAGAGGAUGGCCAGGUUGCUGAGUGGACUGAUUGCAGUUGGUAGUGUGGACUGUCAAAAACAUUUCUCCCUUUGUCAUCAAGAAAACAUUCAAGGGUAUCCUGAAAUAAGACUCUUCCCGCAAAAAUCAGCUUCAUCUUAUCAAUACUAUAGCUACAAUGGCUGGCACAGAGAUGCCCAUUCACUGAGGAGAUGGGCACUAGGAUAUUUGCCUCGGGUGUCUCUUGAUCUGACACCUCAGAGCUUCACUGACAAAGUUCUGAAUGGGAAAGAACAUUGGGUCAUUGAUUUUUAUGCUCCUUGGUGUGGCCCCUGCCAAAAUUUUGCUCCAGAAUUUGAGAUUCUAGCAAAGACUGUUAAAGGAAAAGUGAAAGCUGGGAAAGUUGACUGCCAAGCUUAUGCUCAUACAUGUCAAUCUGCUGGCAUCAAAGCAUAUCCAACAGUUAAGUUUUAUCCUUAUCAAGGAGCAAAGAAAAAUGCACAUGGGGAGCACAUAGAUAGCCAGGAUGCAAAAACCAUAGCCAAGCUACUGAUGGAGAAAGUAGAAGAUAUUAAAAAUAAGAGGAAAAAAUCUUCCAGAAACAAGGAUGAACUCUGAGUCAUGGAAUGAAUUCAGAUUGAAGCUCUGGCAAUGAAAGUAUUAGAUCUUGCUUCUCAAAGAGGAAAAAGGGAAACAUCAGGAUUUAUGGACAGACAAAUCUUCUCCACGAAUGCUACAGAACUUGCUCUGAAGUUUCCAAAGUGUUCAUUUGUAACAGAGGAAUAGACUCUGGCAGCCUUAGUGAUAGGCUAACCUCAUACCAAGGAAGCUUUUCAGAGUUUGGACUUGAGACUUGGUCAGUAGUGGAGGAACUGUAGGGUCCCCCCCCCUUCAGCACUCCCAACCUCUUUCUUUACAGAAUAAUAUUUUCUUGUGCUAAAAAAGAACAAUAAAUUUCCACCUGAGAAACAGCAGGUGGACAGACUACUGUGCAGUACAGAAAGGAUGAAACAGCACGCUCGCUCGCUCUCCUUCCCAUGGGAAGAAAAAGAAUGGUCUGGACAACUAUUUUAUCUCUGGUUACUGUAGUUAGUAAGCUUUGUCUGGAAUUUACUGGGUGACACAUCAGUUUUGAUGAAGUUCAGUUUCCUUAGCAUUCAGCCCACCUAUGUUAUAGAAUGUACUGAUUUCUAAGCCACAUUUGAAGAUCACCUGCAUGAUCAUUUCAGAGCACAGCAGCCAAAGGGGCAAAACAAGCCUUGCCUGUGUUGGCUCUCUGUGCCUUCAUCCUAUGGUGAGCCAGUUGCAUGCAUAAACUGCCAUAAGCAGGUUUGACUUUGGGAACGGUACUGAAAAUGCUUAGAAGAACAAUGUGCCAUUUGUAUUUAGUGACAUACAGACAGUUGUGUCCAGCAGAUGGCAGCACAUGCAGAAGAUUGCUUGCUAUGGGCUGAAGCGGCUGAGAGGCAACUUAGCAAGGCCGCCUUCAUUGGCCACCUAAGUUGAUUUUAAUAGGACUCGCUUCUGGGUAAGCAUGAUUAGAAAUGCAGGCUGAGCUUUUUCCACAUCCAAGCAAGUAAGGCAUUCACAAAAGAAACCCAUGGCUACGUAUGCCUGAGUUGAAUCGUCGUGAUUUUCUUAACAGAGUUUAAAAGUACAACAUUUUGAGCUUGUGUCACAGCAGUUUCUUUUCUAGCUUUAAAGCAGGGUCCUGAAGUCACUGUUGCCCAUGUUUUAAUCUGUGUUGAUGCCAGCCUGCUCUGGGACCUUUAAACAGAAUUUUAAAAUGUAACUACUGACUUUUUCUUGUUUGCAGUAUUUCAAGUGCCUUAUAGAUUUUUUUCUGCUUGGUGCCGAAAAAACAAGGAAACUAGUGGCACUUUAAAGAGUAAUAUAUUUAUUGUGGCAUAAGCUUUCACAGGCCACUUCAUUUGACGACUGGCCACGAAAACCUAUGCUGUAAUAAACAUGUUAGCCUUUAAGGUGCCAUAAGGCUUUCUGUUGCUGCUGCUGCUGCUGAUGAUGAUGUUUUUAAAUCAACAGACUUAGCCAGCUUACUUUUCUGAAAAUUGCUGGUCCACAUUUGCAGGCUCUGACUUCAGGUUUUCUCAUUAGAUUGACAGUGGUGGUGGGUGGGGAAAGGCAGUGUCCUUAAUAUGUACAAAUACAUUGGCUGGAUCCAGACUCACUUUUCCAUUUGCAGAAGGGACAGAGAUUCAGUGGAGGCUCCUACAAGAGGGAGGAGGAGGAGAGAGUUGGUUUUGCUACUUCCAUUUGUAGCCUCCUAUGCCACCUCCCAUGCUACGCUAGAGGAUACGCCAAUCCUCCAUUGCAAACUGACGCAAAGGUGGGAAGGAGAAUCUGCGGGGGGGGAUCGUCCCCUUUCCUCCAAAGGGAGUAUUCAUGAGCAGAACUCCACCCAAUAGAGGCGAUAUCCAAUUGAGUCAUACUCAGAGUAGGCCCAUUAAAAUUAAUGGUCUUAAGUCCAUUGAUUUCAGUGAGUCUACUCUGAGUGUGACUUAGUUGGAUAUCACUCCAGGAUGUCUGGAUCCAGCCAAUGUUAUUUUUUUCCCCAGUCUCUUAAAUCAUUUUUUUGUAUUUGUAGUGUCCCAUCCAUAACUUUUAUUUGAAAAUCUCACACUGGAAAUGCUGGGGUGCCUAGAAUAUUGGCACAAGAUGGGACUAUUUUUUUUUUUUUAAAGGUGGACACUUUCAUACUCUGCAGACGGUCACUUUUAUUAUUUUAUAUAACUGCCUUUGUGUGUAUGUGUGCGAAUUACUCUGCACAUUUGAAGAACAGAUUUUCUUUUUAAGGAGAGAGACACUUCCAUAAUCACCAUUAUUUUGUGACGCCUGCAUGUGCAAGUAUACAUAGUAAUUAGUUCAACUAUGAAUACAUUUCUGUUAUUAAAUCACCCCAAGGGUAAGAUCCUAAGUAUUUAUGUAUAUGCUAUAAUCUUGAUAAUUGCAUCAGAAUUAUGGUUUAAUAACAUGGCACUAGACCACCUUCUAGUUCUUCCCAUUAGUGGAUACAAAAACACUGGAGUGGAUAGGAUUAGAGCACAGUAUUCCUUUUGAUGAUAUCAUAGAAGUGAAUGCUGCAUCUGUUUCUGCUGCGGUCUACUUAUCUCUUGAACUUUUAUACUACGGUAAUAAAUGGUUUCAUCCAGUGUA